AUGUUGGCUACCUCGAGCCGGGCGAGUUUAUCAGGUCUCCUCCACCACCGUCUUCUGCCGGCGUCUCCGUCUCCACCUCGUCCGCCUCCUCUGGGAUGGGAAGAGUGGGGGCUGGAGAGGAGGAGGAAGGGGAGUCCAGCAGUGAGGCUGCGGGCGCAUGCGCAUGGCGCCUCCCCACUGCAGCAGCAAUCUGAGGCUUGUCAAAGCAACGAUGAAGGAGAACAGGCGAUUGAAGAGGUCAGUGGUCCAAUGGUCGCUUCUUCUGCCGUUAUUCUUGCCUGUACUUCGUUUGACUGGCGAUUCCAUGGGGGAUCUUCCUGCUGAAGUCUGGAUUUGUAAGCCGCAAUCCGAGGAGAAAACGUCUCUUUGGGCAAGGGAUCUGGUUGCCCCCAAUCGGAGCGAACCCUCGAACGACGGGAUGGGUUGUCAAGCCCGAAUUCCCUGAAGAAUUCCCUUCGAGGAACACCACGAUGCCAUUCUCAUUCUUCGAAUUGGGGCUAUCCGUUCUCUCAGUCAAAACUGGGCCGGCGUAUAUUACGAUGCAGAAAGUUCGACGGCAAUACUUUUGAAUUCAUACGAUGAAACGAUCUGAAUAAUGCAUCUACGAAUUAUUUGCUUUCUCAGAAAAGUUUUUCGCGGCGAAUUCGCCAAAGAAACAGUCCAUCCGUGCUGGUUUCCAUAUGCUUUAGAAACUCUGACCACCGUUGACAUGAAUGCUCGGAUUCGCCUAUUUUUCUGAAACUGAUACUGGAAACAUUAUGGCUCAGAAAACAAUCUCAAACGCAUAACCAGAAUUUUUUUUCUCUUGCCGAGACAAGACUGCAGUCAUUCUGUGCGAUCCCUGCAAGGGCAGGGGCUGGUUGCUCUGCGAUUUUUGCAGGGGACAGAAGAUAAAUGUGAAGUCUGAAAGCAACCGGAUCUAUCGGCGCUGUCCCUCUUGUAAAGCUGUGAGUCAAUACGCAUCAUAAGCUGCUGAACAUGAUGAUUAUCAAUGGCACUGCAGCGCUCUCACACAUCUUCCCUUUGCAGGCCGGAUAUGUGCUGUGCCCAAAAUGUAAAGUCUUCAAGUGCGUCACCUUCCCAGAUUAUGGUGAUGGCGAGAUGUGA